AUGGUAGGACGUCUCUACACACACCGCUUAUCCGAGGCUUACGAGACAAUCCCCAGGAAAGUGUCAGCACGGGGCGAACACAUCUCUCAUGAUCUGACGACUUUCCACGAAAACGGCGACAAUAGCGUGCACUUCAACGUCUCUAUAGAGGGUGUGCACCACUUAUUGGCGCUGCGGCCUUCAAGUGGGUUCGUAGCGCCCUCUGCGGUGGUGGAAAGGCGAAAAACAGACGCGCAUAGUCGCGCAAGGGUUAAGAGGGAGUCCAGCAAGUGUCACUUCCAAGGAGUGGUGGAUGGCCAGCCGAAUUCCAGGGUGGCGAUGUCGGCGUGCAACGGACUGAGUGGCAUGAUACAUUCAAAACGUGGUAAAUAUUACAUAGAACCGGCCCAUCAUCCGUUAAAAACGGUUACACCAGGUCAUAAACACUUGGUAUAUAAGAGAUCGGCGGUGAUAUCGAGUUACCCCAAAAAGAAGCGAAAAAAGAAAAGAAGAAAACAGUCAAAUUGCGGCACAAGAGAACCCAAGAGGAUGACACUAUUAGAGUGGCAAUCUGAACUGGGCAAAUUGAAGGUGCAAGAAAAGAUACACAAACACAAAGACAAAAUAAAGAUAUCUAAAUUGAAGCAGUCUGAUUUGAAAAGACUGAAAUACAAGAAAGUAAAACCUAAGCGAUCCAUUAGUAAAGAACACUUUGUAGAAACAUUGAUCGUGGCAGAUUCCAGCAUGGUCGAAUUUCAUGAAGACGGAGAUAUUGAAACGUACAUUUUGACACUGAUGAAUAUGGUGUCUUCAUUCUACCUAGAUCCUAGCAUCGGCAAUAGCGUCCAGGUAGUCGUCGUAAAAAUCAUCCUCCUGGACGACCAGUUCGCUGAACCUGGCCUAAACGUCACUACCAACGCGGAUACCACUUUGAAAAACUUCUGCAAGUGGCAAAUUCCCCUCAACCCUAGUGAUGACUCCCACCCGCAUCAUCACGACGCUGCCAUUCUCAUCACGCGUAAGGACAUUUGCGCCCGGCAAGACACCCCAUGCGGAACACUGGGGGUGGCUCAUAUCGGGGGUAUGUGUAGGGCCAGCAGAAGCUGCAGUGUUAAUGAAGAUAAUGGUAUAACUUCUGCCCAUACGAUUGCACAUGAGAUGGGACACAACUUUGGAAUGCUACACGACACUGAAAAAACCGGGUGCAAACGUAGGCGAGGCAACGUCUUGCACAUUAUGACGCCCAGCUUCGAGGCGGACACCGUCACCGUCAGCUGGUCAGAGUGCAGCCGGAGGGAGAUCACCAGGUUCCUGGACAAGGGCUCAGGCAAGUGCCUUCAAGACCCACCCAGGGAGUUGGAGGAGUACGAAUACCCGGAAUUGCCAGCCGGGGCGAUGUACAACGGGGAUUACCAGUGCCGUUUCCAAUUUGGUAGCGACGCCACGGUAUGCUCCCCUCUAGAUGAGAUCUGCUCCCGGCUGUGGUGCUCCAUCAAUGACACCUGCACGACGCUGUUAAAGCCAGCCGCACCUGGGACGAGCUGUGGAAAGCAUAAGUGGUGCCAGCACCAGAAGUGCGUGCCCAUGAUGGAACCUCCGGCGUCUAUCGAUGGCGGCUGGGGCGACUGGGGCCCCUGGAGCGAGUGCACACGGACCUGCGGCUCCGGAGUCUCCGUGAUGAAACGCGAAUGCGACCAUCCACGGCCAGUGGCGGGCGGCCGCUUCUGCGUGGGCGAACGCAAGCGCUACCGCAUCUGCAACACGCAACCGUGUCCACCAGGGAAGCCCACGUUCAGGGCUGUGCAAUGCACCAAGUACAACAACCACACGUACGAGGGGAAGAAGUACGAAUGGCAGCCCUAUUUUGACCAAG